AUGAAGACCCCCAUCGCCGUGGUUGGCACCGCCUGUCGCUUUCCCGGCGGCGUAGCCUCACCCUCGCAACUGUGGGCGCUGUUGUCCAGCCCCAAGGAUGUUCUCAGGGAGAUACAUCCCCAGCGAUUCAACGUGUCCAGCUUCUACCACCCUACCGGCGGGCACCAGGGCGCUUCCGACGUCCCAACCAAGUCCUACACCCUGGACGACGAUGAUGUCCAUCGCUUCGACGCUGCCUUCUUCAACAUUAGCGCGGCGGAGGCGGAGGCGAUGGACCCCCAGCAGCGGCUCCUCCUCGAGACGAUAUACGAGGCGCUCGAGGCGGCGGGAUAUACACUGGACCAGAUGCGCGGCUCGCCCACAUCGGUCUUUGUGGGCGCGAUGACCUCGGACUACCACGACAUUCAAACGCGGGAUCUGGACACCAUCAGCCGAUGGCAUGCCACAGGGACGUCGCCCAGCAUGCUCUCCAACCGCAUCUCAUACUUCUUUGACCUCCAGGGGCCCUCCCUGACCAUCAACACCGCUUGUUCCAGCUCCCUCGUGGCAUUGCACCAAGCAGUCCAGAGUUUGCGCCACGGCGAGUGCACCACCGCGAUUGUAGGCGGCGUCAACCUCCUGCUGGACCCGGAAGUCUUUCUCAGUCACUUCAAGCUCCAUCUGCUAUCCCCAACGGCAAGAUGCCGCAUGUGGGAUCGGGCCGCUGACGGUUAUGCGCGAGGCGAAGGGUGCGCCGCGGUGGUGCUCAAGACCCUGGAUCAGGCGCUGCAAGAUGGCGAUGCGAUCGAGUGCGUGAUCCGCGAGACGGCCGUCAACUCGGACGGGCGAUCAGCCGGCAUGACGAGGCCCAGAAUGGAGGCCCAGGCAGCGUUGAUCCGCGAGACUUAUGAACGCAGUGGCCUGGACCCCGUGCGGGACCGGUGCCAGUUCUUCGAGUGCCAUGGGACUGGCACGCAGGCUGGGGAUCCCAUCGAGGCCCAGGCGAUCCAGGAGACUUUUUACCCAAGUCAUCAGGUUGUGGGACCGGAGAAUCCACUCUACGUGGGGAGUAUCAAGACCCUGAUCGGCCACCUGGAAGGGUGUGCAGGUCUGGCCGGCCUCCUGAAAGCGAUGCUGUGCAUUCAGAACCGGGUUAUCACGCCAAACAUGUGGUUCGAUCAGCUCAACCCCAACAUCACGCCCUUUUACCACCAUCUCGCGAUUCCAACAAGCCCCAUCCCGUGGCCCCCCGUUGCGCAGGGUUGCCCCCGGAGGGCAGGUGUGAAUUCCUUUGGUUUUGGGGGCACCAACGCCCAUGCCAUCAUUGAGAGUUAUACGCCUUCCCAGGCGAAUGGCCACGCCAUCUGUGGUCAACCGUCAGCCCCCGAAAGCCAUACAACCCCCGUCCCACUGGUAUUUUCUGCACACACGCUCCAGUCCCUCUAUGCGAACCUGGAGCGAACAGCCCGGUAUGUCAGCAGCAACCCAGCAGUAGAUCUCGGUAAUCUGGCCUGGACUUUGGCCAAACGGACCGUCUUACCAUUCAGGAUUGCAAUCAUCGCCGCAAGCACAGACGAGCUGCUCGGAAAGAUAGACAAGGCGAUGGAAGAGCACAAAUCUCGCGAAGCGAGCCAGCACGGCCACUCCUCAUGGAAGCACCCCCCCAGUUCACAGAGCAUUCUGGGCGUCUUUACAGGACAAGGCGCACAAUGGGCUGGAAUGGGGCGAGACCUGUUACGUGCAUCCCCCGUAUUCCGCAAGUCGAUUGAGCGGUGCGAGCGUGUGCUGGCCACGCUGCACGAUAGGCCCUCGUGGUCCCUGCAGGAGGAACUUUUGGCGGCAGUUAAACCAGUAUCAAGCCUCACCAAUCCGGCCGUCAGUCAGCCACUCACAACUGCGAUUGAGAUAGCCCUCUACGACCUCCUGUGCGCGUGUGGCGUCCAGUUGGAUGUGGUUGUGGGCCACUCCUCCGGGGAGAUAGUAGCCGCCUAUGCUCUCGAUAUCCUGUCCGCUGACGAUGCCAUGAAAGUGGCCUAUUACCGUGGGCUACACACCAAGCCAGCUAAAUCAGGGAGCAUGCUCGCCGUUGGUCUUUCCUUUGCUGACGCCAGGGAAAUGUGCUUGCGGCCGUCCUUUGUGGGACGCAUCGUGGUGGCCGCGAGCAAUGGCCCUGCGAGCUCAACUUUAUCGGGGGACUCCGAUGCGAUCCGCGAGAUGAAGGCGCUGCUUGACCGUCAGAAGACAUUUGCAAGAACCUUGCAGGUGGAUGUUGCGUACCACUCCCAUCAUAUGAUUCCCUGUUCGGCUGCAUAUUUAGAAUCGUUGAAAGCAUGCGAGAUCCAGGUGAAGGCACCCCGGAGCGGCUGUACAUGGAUCUCCAGUGUCACUGGAAGAGAUGCAGUACAGGACGGGGAUGUUCAAGGUUUCGCUGCUACUUACUGGGUUGAUAAUAUGGUCAAGCCCGUUCUCUUUUCCCAGGCCGUGCAGAGAUCACUAUGUCACAGUCGAAACCUUGGUGCAUGUAUUGAGAUCGGCCCCCAUCCAGCUCUUCGGGGUCCAGUGUUGGACACGUUAAAGCCAGAAUCGAGGUCAAGGGUUCUUUAUCGAUCAUUGCUUCACCGAGGGCAAAAUGACCUCAAGACUGCAUCCGCCGCCUUCGGUCAUCUCUGGGAACGCAUGGCUGACCGUUUGGACAUGAGGCGGUUUCUUCAAGUCACCCGAAGUCAGCCUUUGCAACUACUCAAAGGAUUACCCACCUAUUCCUGGGAUCAUGGGAGGAGAUACUGGCGUGAGUCUCGAGCAUCGCGAAGAUACCGUCUCGAGGGCACACCCUGGCACCCGGUCUUGGGCCGGCUGUCCACGAGGGAAUUUCCAAACGAGUUUCGAUGGAGAAACGUCCUCCAUCGACAGGAGAUGCCUUGGGUCCAAGGAUGUGAAGAACAUGGCCGCGAGGUCCUUUCAGCAGCGUUUUACGUUUCUUCCUUGCUAUCUGCGGCCAGCUCCGCGGCGUCAUGCCAACGACUGGUCUUACUCGAGCUGCAUGACUUCCUUGUCAGAGAAUCCAUAGCCUGGGAAGAGCAUGGAACCGGGGUGGAACUCGAUGCUGAAGCCUCCUGUCAUGCGUGCCACCGUGACGGAACCGUCUUGACGGAAUUAUGCACCGCGCGUCUAACGCUUCAUCUGGGCACUGAGGGCGCUCAUUUACCCCCCAGAGAGGAAUGGAACCACGUUCUCGCACCGGUGGAUGUGGCAGAGAUGUACGACUCCUUCCAGCAAGCCGGCAACAGCUAUUCUGGCCCGUUUCGAAGCAUCACCUCGAUCCGACGGUCUGCCGGCGAAGCCACCGCGUCUGCCGCGUGGCCCGCCGACACGAGCGUCCCAAAAUCCGUACUUCCGGCGAUGAUCGAGGCGUCGUUCCAGGCACUCAUGUGUGCCUUGGUCUCACCAGUGGCCCAAUCACUGCGGGGUCCGUUUCAUGCAAAGAAGGUGCAUCGAGCCCUUAUUACGCCUCGUUUGGCGUGCGAGAGCCGUGCCUGCGAGAUCGACGCGUUCGUGACAGAAGUCGGCAGUGAGGGAGUUGAAGGCGAUGUCUCGUUGUUCGAUCCAGAUGGAAACCCCAUGAUACAACUGGAGGGAUUGGUGAUGGAGAGCAUCCCUCAGCCCAGUACUUCCGGCUAUCGCAAUCUGUUCUCGCACGUGGUGUGGGAGGUGGACCCUUUUGGAUAUUCGUCCCUAUCUUCGUGCCCUCCAUCCACGGAGAGCAUGAGCUGGCUUGAGGCAGCAGAGUCAGUCGCUUUGUAUCAUCUGCGAAGAACCGUGGACGAGAUCGAUCCACGGGAGUCGGCCGGGUUUAUGCCUCAUCAUCGCCUCUUGUACCGUGAGAUGUGCCGCAUCGCGGCGGAUGGCUCGGGCUGUGGAGGGCCCUACCUGACUCCCCCUGAUCGUGCGGACAUGUCCGAAGAGGACGUCGUCGCACUGAUCGAGAAAGUCGCAGGGGUUGUGGAUCUUCAGUCAGUUCAUUCACUGGGCAAGGCCUUGCCAGCGGUCCUGCGAGGGGAUGGGAAUCCUGAAGCUGGUACCCUCGAGAGGAUGUCGCAGGCUGCAGGAAUACUUUCUCAGCUGCACAAAGACAUCUGCUGUGUUGUCAGACGCAUUGCACAUAAGCAUCCACACAUGAAUGUUCUUGACCUUCAUGCGGACACUGGUGUGACCCAGCAGAUACUGCAAGCGCUGGAUGACCAGUAUGAAUCCUAUUGCCUCAGCAGCGCAGACGCAGGAGUCCUCCACCAGACGAUGGCCAGCGUCGCGACUCAGCACCGCAACCUAUCUUUCAAGGUCAUCGAUAUCGCCGUGAUCGACGCGGGGGAAUCUGGCAGCAACAAGUUUGACCUGGUUCUGGCAGCCAAUCCACUGCACGCCACCGAUACAUCCUCCCGUCGCUUCGACGUGUCUCGUUCAAUGCUCAGGCCCGGUGGCUACUUUGUCUUCGUGCGAGCCACCGGACGAAUGCCCCUCUCGUUGUUGUGUACCUUUGGCUGUCUUGCCCCGUGGUGGCAGGGGUACGAUCAUGAUGCACAGAAUUGGUCGGACAUGUCCACCGUCCGAUGCGACGCACAGCUCCGCUCCCAGGGCUUCUCCGGCGUCGAUCAGGUCUUUCAUGGCUCGGGGCAGCCAAAUGGAGAUGGUCUGUCAGUGAUAGUCACCCAGGCAGUGGAUGACACGGUGAUGAUGCUUCGAGAGCCGAUGAACUCGACCGUACUGGCACCACUAACGGGGACUGUGGUCUUGGUGGGUGGCAAGACGCUGCCAAUAGCACGUCUCCUUCAGAGCAUACAGAGGGUUCUCGCUGCAUCCGGCACCGCCACCGCAAUAGUGGAGGAUAUUGACCAGCUGGAGCUGAGUGGUCUUACGAAGGAACACUCGAUCAUCUCCCUGGUGGAGCUGGACGAGCCGUUCUUCUCCAGCAGUCUCUUCCACGAAAGGCUCCUUGCGUUCAAGGAGCUGGUGGAACGGCCCAAGCACGUCCUGUGGUUGACCACUGCAGACAGGGGAGGCAUCAGUGUCGCUAUUGGGAGAGCGAUCAGACUGGAAAAGGGAUCUGAUCUCAGUCUCCAAUUCCUGGACGUGGCCACGGUGGCAAACAGUUCGCCGUCCAUGGUGGUGGAGGUCUUCUUGCGCCUCACAUGGGCUUCCAGCCCCGUAUUGGCAGACAGACAGAUGCUUUGGACGCAUGAACCUGAAGUACACUGGGAUGGAUGCACGCUACACAUAUCGCGACUGGUCUGGGACGACAAACGAAACAAGAGAUACGAUGCCAGCCGCCGACAAGUUUCGCUCAGAGCCAGGCGCUCACCCCCCGUGUCCGGCCGUUCGAUAGCCGUCCAGGUCAGAUAUUCCUGUCAUGUCUGCACAGACCUCUAUCUCUGGUUUGGUGUACGCGUUGACAAUGGAGAGGCGACUGUCCUCGGUAUUUCUGACCAUAUCGCAUCCGUCAUCACAGCCAGGCCGGAGCAUGUUCACGUUCCUCUUAACCAGCAGGACUUCACUCCGGAGGCAUUGCGGGCGACUGCUAGCUUCACCUUAGCAUCCUUGCUUCCGACGUCUCGUUCGGGGCCCAUGCUCCUUUAUGAGCCUGAUGAAUGGCUUGUUGCUGCUGUUGAGCAAAUCCGCGAGCCUCAGCAAUCGAUUUCGUUCGUCACGUCGAAGCACAACAAUUCCAGCACAAGGUGGAUAGCAGUCCAUCCGCAUGCAUCGCGACGUAUGCUCGAACGUGUGCUGCCGAGUCAAGUCUCGGUUUUUGUCGAUUUCUCUUCUAGUGAUGAUCGUGUAGCGACUACUCUCCGCGACAUAUAUGCUCCAGCUGGCAUACACGCGGUGGAGCUCUAUCGCCAUGCAUUGCCUGCAGAUCUUGGGCAGCUUAUUAUGAAUGCUUAUGCCCAAGCAUGUCGGACCUUGUCGACUCUUCCACACUCAGCUUCUGGGAGUGUCUCUUUCACAGAAGUCUCAGCACACACUUCAACAGCUGCCUAUCCACAUGUGGUAGACUGGACCAGCCCUGCCCCGAUAGCGAGUCCGGAUGAUCGGGCAGGCACGACGACUACGUUCUCUUCAAGCGGGACCUACUGGAUGAUUGAGAUGGCUACCCCCCUUGGGCUGUCAAUUCUACGGUGGAUGGCAAAGAACGGGGCACGCACAUUGGUUCUCGCCAGCAGAAAUCCACGCAUCCCCGAGGCGUGGCUCGCGGAGAUGUCUCGUCUGGGUGCCACCGUGAAGCCCAUGAAGAUGGACGUGUCGAACAAGACAUCCCUCCUGUCCACUUUGGCCCAGAUCCAGAAGGCUUUGCCACCGAUUGUGGGGGUGUGCUAUGCCCCCUUGGCUCUCUCCGACCAAGGGUUCGAGUAUACCGUCGCAGACGAUGAGGGCCUUCCCCCGACGGCUAUGAUCCAUGCAGCAACGUAUCUCGACGAACUGUUCUCGACACCAGGACUAGACUUCUUCGUCCUGCUGACAUCCCUGGUCUCGCUGAUUGGAAGUUCGCAACAGGCGGCCUAUCACGCCGCCUCGCGGUUUCUGACGCGUCUCAUUGAGCAGCGACGGCUGAGAGGCCUGGUGGGCUCUGUCUUGGCCCUUGGAAUGGUGAUUGAUGCUGGAUACUUUGCCAGGCAAGGCAAAGACGUCAUCCAGCGCAUGAUGCGUCAUGGCUAUGCGCCCCUGUCGGAGUCUGAUUUGCAUCAUGCCUUUGGGGAAGUGGUCGCUGCGGCUGAUGGAAAUGGCGAGAUCUUCUUUGGCCUCCAAAUGAUAGAGUCGCAGAUUGACCAGAGCGGAGCAUCCAAGGUGAUAUCAGACCCUCUGCUUUCACACUUCAUGGCAAAAGGCGCCCAGACCGAAGAGGCGCAAGAGCCGGAACAGGAACCCUCGUCUUCACUUCAUCCAGAUGAGCUACCGCACGAAUCGGAGCCAGAGCAGAAGACGUAUGACAGCGUGCUUGCGCCUGUCUCGGGCAAGGUCAUGUCAUUGCUCAGACUGACCGGUCCGACUCUAGACGUGCACACUCCCCUGCUCGACCUGGGCUGUGACUCGCUGCUGGCGGUGGAGAUCCAGGCCUGGCUGGCAGAGCAAUAUGGCAUUGAGAUUACUCCCAUGGAUGCACUCCUGGCCACUGUCGCAGGGUUGUGCGAGAAAGCCCUCCCAGCGUCCAAGACCACGAGCCAAGUGCUGCAGCCAGAAGACCAGCUUGCAAACGCCCGCGAGGUGGUCGACGUCGCGACAACUGCAUCCCCCUCGGAGCACAACAGCUCCAGGCAAGCCUCACUCCUCGAUGCCACUACGCCAGACUCCUCCUCGGGUUCCGAAUUCGAACAAGAACCAAAGGAUUGCGAACCCAGCUUCACCCGGAUCGAGAAGAUGUCCCCCCAGCAGGCCCAGAUCUGGUUCGCCGGCCAUUGGAUGAAGGACCUUACCCAGUACAACGUCGUGAUAUCAUACACUGUGCAGGGAGGGUUUGCCGUCGACAAGUUCAAGCACGCCUUGGACCAGGCUGUCUUCCGGCAUGAAUCGCUCCGCACGGCCUUCUUCUCCGAUCCGCAGACUGGGGAUCUCCUCCAGGGGGUCUUGAAAGCUGCACCACCCUUCUUUGAGCAUCUCGUGUCGUCCAGCGCUGCCGUGGUCUCACAAGAGCUGGACAGGCUGGCCUCUUACCCCUGGCGCCUGGAGCGAGGGGAAGUCCUCCGAGUGACAGUGGUCUCGGUUGGACCAGACCAGCAUACCGUCCUAUUUGGAUAUCACCACAUUGUCAUGGACGGGGCGAGCUGGUCCACCUUCCUGCAGGAUCUGAAGUGCUUCUAUGAGCAACAGCCCCCGCGCGAGGUGGCGCAGUACGUGGACUAUUCUCUGAUGCUGAAUCGCCACAUCGCCGAUGGGAGGUUCGCGCAGGAGCUGCAGUACUGGCAGAGUGAGCUGUCACUACCGCCAGAGAUCAUGCCUGUUCUUCCUCUCGCCCAGGAGAAAACGCGCACUCCCACCGACAACUUCAAGGUCCACACCUCCACGCGCCAGAUUGGCAUCGAGGUCACAGACAGAAUCAAGCAAGCGAGUCGCAGUCUCCGCGGCACCCCGUUUCAUUUCUAUUUAGCGGUUCUCCAAGUCUUCCUCGUCCGAUUGCUGUCGAUCGAGGAGUUGUGCAUCGGGAUGAGUGAUGCCAACCGCAAACACCCGCAAUUCACCCACACAGUGGGCUAUUUUCUCAACAUGUUGCCCCUGCGCUUCCAUAUCCCACGGACAGACAGCUUUGCGGAGGUCUUCCAGAAGACCUCUGCGAAGGUCCUGCGCGCCUUGUCGAAUUCGUCCAUCCCAUCCAGCUUGGUCGUGGAUGGGCUGAACAUCCCGCGAGUGCCGCACGUCACGCCGCUCUUCCAGGUGGCGAUCAACUACCGAGUGGGAGAGAUCACGCGCAUGUCGGUGGAAGAGUUCGACCUCCUUUAUGAGCGCAGUGUGAUGGGGACCGCCCCAUACGAUAUCUCCGUUCAUGUCACCCCCUGCGCGGACGGGACCUCGCUCGUGGACGUCACUUGUCGGGACUAUCUGUACUCCCCCACAGCCACCGAGGUGAUGCUAGAUGGAUACAUCAGGCUCCUGGAAGAACUGUCCUCGGAUCCCUCGCAAUCUGUGCAGAGCAGUCUCGACCCCCCUCUCAGCACUUUCCAGCGCAACGACGAGCAUGAGCUCUCGGUGCACCGGGGCCAGCGCAUAUCGCACGGCUGGCCCGCGACCUUACCAGAGCGGUUCCAGGAGAUGAGGGAUCAGUACGGAGACCACAUUGCGGUGACGGACCAAGACGGCGAUUUCAGCUAUGCGCAGCUCCACACGCAAAGCAUCCAGAUUGGAAACGCCUUGCUCCAGGAAGGCGUCCGCCCUGGGGACACCGUCGCCGUCUUGUGCCCCCCGUCCUUCCAUUCCGUCGCAAGCUUUCUCGCUGUUCUCCGCAUCGGGGCGGUUUAUGUGCCCCUCGACCUGAGCCUCCCUGCCGCGAGGCAUCGAGCGAUGAUCUCGGCAUCGCCUGUGCGAGCGUUAGUGUGUGCUUCUCCUACCGCGGAGCGGGCCUCAGAACUGGGGGUGUCCACCCAUCUCAACCUUUCCACCCUUCCAGCCAUCCGAGAAUCCUGCAUGCCAUCCACCCCCAGGGGAACUGGGGACUCGUUGGCCAUCUUGCUAUAUACCAGCGGCUCCACGGGCCAGCCGAAGGGCGUCUGUCUGCCCCAGACGGGGUUUAUCAACUACCUUGCGGCUAAGCGGUCCGAGCUGGGGCUCGAUAGCUCGACGGUGGUUCUUCAGCAAAGCUCCGUGGGCUUCGACAUGGGCCUUGCCCAGACCCUCAAUGCGAUUAUGAAUGGAGGCAAACUGGUCAUCGUGCCGCAGGCGAUGCGAGGGGAUGCCCUGGAGAUUGCACGAAUCAUCCGCGACCAUCGAGUGACUUUUACCCUCGCCACGCCGUCCGAAUACCUCGUCCUGCUGCAACAUGGCCGUGACUACGUCAGCCAAUCUUCCGGAUGGAGACACGCCUGUCUCGGAGGUGAGCCGUUUACUGCACCGCUGAAGCGCGAGUUUGUCCGGCUCGGAAGCCAUUGUCCGGUGGUGCAGGAUUCCUACGGCGUAACCGAGAUCUCCGCGUGCACAACCUUUGCGACGAGGUCCGCGGGGCAGCUCGAGGGGGCCCAGAGCGUGGGGCGAGCUAUUCCCAACACCUCCUUGUAUGUCGUGGACGCCGACGGCAGUCUCGUCCCCCUGGGCUCGCCCGGGGAGCUCUGCAUCAGCGGCGCGGGACUGGCAUUGGGAUAUCUGAAUCCCGAGCAGACCCGGGGGAAGUUCGUGCCCGAUCCCUUCGCUUUGCCGGAGGAUAUCGCCAGGGGAUGGACCCGGAUGUACCGGACCGGGGACAAAGCCCAAAUGGGUGCGGAUGGCGCUCUGAUCCUCCUGGGCCGCAUGGAUGGCAACACGGAGAUCAAGCUUCGAGGCCUUCGAAUCGAUCUGGAAGACGUGGCCUCCACCAUGGUCAACUGUCACCCCCAUCUGCUGUCCGCCGCCAUCGUCUGUGUCAAGCGCCAGGGGGUCUCCGACGCCUCGGCCGACUCAGACACACUCAUCGCCUUUGUGGCCCUGAUGCCAGGCCAGACUGCCAGCGAGGGCGAGCUCCAGCGUCUCGCCAGCCAGCUCCCCUUGCCCCAAUACAUGCGUCCUUCCACCGUCAUCCGUCUCGACGAGCUGCCGCGCAACCCGAACGGAAAGAUUGACCGGAAGAGAAUCGAAGCCAUGCCCUGGACGACACCCCCCAGCAACCCCAACCCCCCGUCCAAACGACUCACGUUGCGAGAGGGGGAGCUCAAGCUCCUGUGGCAAGGGCUGCUGCCCGACAAGCACAUCCAGCCCGAGUCCGACUUCUUCCUGCUCGGGGGCAAUUCCACCUUGCUGGUACGGUUACAAGGCGCGAUCCGCACCUCGAUGGGGGUCUCCGUCACCCUCCGGGAGCUAUACGGGGCCAGCACGCUGGCGCAGAUGGCCGUGAAGGUUGAAGCCCGCAAAGCCGAAACACCCCCGGCGACGAGGAUUGACUGGCGAGCUGAAACCGCCAUCCCACCGACUCUCCUCGAGUGGACGAGCACCAACAGCCCGCGAUGCCCACGCAGCCCCGGAUCCGGCUGCCGGGUCCUCCUCACCGGGGCGACCAGCUUUCUGGGGCGCGUGCUGGUGCAGAUGCUGGUGCAGAUGCCCGCGGUGGCACGCGUGCAUUGCAUCGCCGUGGACCGGGAGGAGGCGCACGUCCUGUCGACGUUGACCGAGAGCGACAAAGUCUCCCUCUCCUACGGAACCCUCUUGGACCCAACCCUGGGCCUCUCGCCGGCGGAUUGGACCUCCCUGCAAGCCUGCAUCGACCUCGUCAUCCACAACGGCGCCCACGGCCACUGCCUCAACACCUAUCACGCCCUGAAAGCCCCCAACCUCGGCUCCACCCAUCGUCUGGCCGAGUUCGUCCUCCGCGCCCACAUUCCCCUCCACUACAUCUCCUCCGGCCGCGUCAUCCUGCAGUCCGGCCAGACCGCGCUCGCCCCCGGCUCUGUCUCCCGCCAUCCCCCGCCGCUCGACGGCUCGGACGGCCUCACAGCGAGCAAGUGGGCCAGCGAAGUCUUCCUCGAGCGUCUGGCCGCGCACCUGCACACUCGGACACAUGCGUGCGACAUCAGCAUCCACCGCCCCUGCACCCCCAUCGGCGACCAAGCCCCCGCCCAAGACGCUCUGAACGCCCUCCUGCGCUACUCCGCCCUCCUGGGCGCGACGCCCCGUCUGCCCCGCAUGGAGGGGUACUUGGAUUUCCAGGACGUCAAGAUCCUCGCCCAGGAGAUCGCCACGCGGGUGGUAUCCCGGUUUACGACUGCCCGGGACGCGGAGCCAGCCACUCCCCCACCAUCCGGGGUCUCCUUCAUCCACCACUCGAGCAACGUCAAGGUGCCCGUCCAGAGCUUCAAGGAAUACAUGGAGCGGGUGCAUGGUCGGCCCUUCCGCGAGUAUAGCUUGCGGGAGUGGAGCUCCCUUGCGCUGGAACGGGGGAUUGAACCUCUCAUCACGAGUUUCUUGGAGGCGGUGGAUGAUACGGAGGGAAUACUACGGUAUCCUUAUUUAGGCGAGUGA